AUGCGCGUGCUGGGACCUCUCGCAGUAUGGACGACGACGUUAGCGGCAGCAGCUGCUGCGACGUCACUCACUGACGCUGGCAGCCGCUGCGACCCGAGCAAGUGGACGCCGCCCCACGACGGCGCGUACAACACCACGAGCCGCGUGGACCCGACGAAGCUCAACGUGCACCUCAUCGCGCACUCGCACGACGAUCCGGGCUGGACACGCAACGUGGACCAGUACUACGUCGAGAAGGUGCAGUACAUACUGGACACGGCCGUCGAGGAGCUCGUGCGCGAUCCGGCGCGCCAGUUUAUGUUCGUGGAGCAGUCGUUCUUCCAGCGCUGGUGGCACGAACAGAGCGCUCAAGUGCGCCGCGUCGUCAAGCGGCUCGUGAAAGAAGGCCGACUGGACCUCAGUGUCAACGGAGGCUGGUGCAUGCACGACGAGGCCACGACGCACUACAUUGCCAUGGUGGACCAGACGUCGUACGGCCACCAGCUGCUCAUGGACGAGUUUGGCAUUAGUCCACGCAUUGGGUGGCAGAUCGACCCGUUCGGCCACUCGGCCACGCAGGGCUCGCUGCUGUCGCACGGCGUGGGCUUUGACGCACUCUACUUCGCUCGCAUUGAUUAUGAAGACUAUGGCAGACGCAAGCAGGACAAGGAGCUCGAGUUCAUUUGGCGUCCGAGCAAGUCACGGGGAAAGGCGUCACAGGUGUUUACUGGAGAGAUCGUGGACCACUACUGCUCACCUAGAAAGUUUGAUUACGGCAACAUAACCAACGAGGUUCAAGACGAUGCUGCGCUCCACGACUACGACGUGUGUGACGAAGUCGAGCAGUUUGUCAACAAUGCAAAGAUGCGCGGUGAUGCGUCAAGGGGCAACCACGUCUUUGUGCCUAUGGGCUGUGACUUCCAGUACGACAACUCGCGCCGUUGGUUCAAGAACAUGGACAAAAUCAUCCACUAUGUCAACCAAGAUGGGCGCGUGAACGUGCUGUACUCGAACUUGUCCUACUACACGGAUGUCAAGCGCGCCGAAGGGCUAACGUGGAGCGUCAAGACCGAUGACUUUUUUCCCUACGGCUCGGGUCGACAUGACUACUGGACGGGCUUCUUUACCAGUCGUCCGUCGCUAAAGCGUUUCGCGCGCGUGGCAAACAUAUUGUUGCAGCAGAUCCGACAGCUGAAUGCAGUCUACCAGAGCCACCACUCGAGUACACUGGUCGCACUGCAGCGCGCCGUGGGUCUUGUGCAACAUCACGACGGUAUCACUGGAACGGAGAAGAAAGCCGUCGCGAGCGACUACGCGCUGCGGCUGAAUGACGGUAUCAUCCAGACCGAAAAAGAGAUGAACGAAGUGCUGUUCGUGAUUGGUGAGAAAGAGUCGUACCACUUGUGCUUGCUGGCCAACACGAGUGUGUGCGAUGUGUCUACGCAGAACACUGAGUUCGAGGUAUUGGUCCAUAACGCGUUGGCGCGCAAGGCUGUCCAGACAGUGUCGAUUCCGAUCACGCACAAGUCGGCGGAAGUAGCGGUGCUGUCGGGCGACACGAAUGUCCGAAUGCAGAGUGUGUUCGUAGCUCUGCCGGUGCAUCCUGAGACACAUGUCGCGCCGUACUCGCUCGUGUUCAGCGCCGAACUGAACCCUCUAAGCACAACUCGGUUUUUGGUGAAGCAGAAAGGUGUAGACAACGACAGUGUCGAAGACGACAACGUUGUGAAGCACCAUGUGAAGCACGAACACGUUGGAGCGGGCGACAGUGCUGACAGUCUUGCUACGAGCGAGAACGUGGUUGUGCUAGAGAACGACUUGAUGCGAGCUGAGAUCAGCAAAACAACCGGUUAUCUCACGAAGCUGGCCAACAAGAAGAAAAACAUACAGAUCCCGCUAUCGCUGGAGGUUGCGUACUAUCAAGCCUUCCAGGACGACGGUCCGAAAUCUGGCGCGUACGUAUUCCGUCCGGACUCGAACAAGACACACUCGGUGACGGACAUGAGUCGAGCAACGACGGACAAGCUGUCCGACGUGGCAAUGGUGGAGCUGCAAACGACGAGAAGCCUUCCUGUCGAUGGUGACGUCGUCAGCGUACCGCGGGUCGCGUUCAAGAUCGGCAGCUGGGUCACGCUCGAGUACCGCAUGAACGACGAUGACGAGUUUCUGGAGAUUGAGUGGACGGUGGGGCCGGUGCCGAUCGACGACAAGAAGGGCAAGGAGGUGAUCGUGCGUUUCGACACCAGCAACAGCAUCGCGUCGGACAGCACACUGUAUACGGACUCGAACGGCCUCGAGUUCAUGAAGCGCGUGCGUAACCAUCGAGACACGUGGAACCUGAGUCUGCACGACGACCAGGAGGCAGUGGCGGCCAACUACUUUCCCAUGACUACAGGCGCAUACAUCAAGGAUGAUAAGCGCCAAUUGAAUGUGGUGACAGACCGCGCGCAAGGGGUGGCGAGUCUGGUGGAUGGACAGGUCGAAGCGAUGGUUCACCGUCGCCUGCUUGCAGACGACAAUAAGGGUGUACAUGAAAACCUGAACGAGACGGAGUCGGUGUAUGACGAGACCACCAAGACGUACGUAACGAAGGGAAUGGUGGUCCGUGGCAACUUCUUUAUCAACGUGGACUCAGCCGACGACGGUAUGCGCAGCAUCCGCUCGAAGAUGGAGUCGCAGUUUUUCCGUCCGCUGACGGCGUAUCGUAAGCCCGUUUCGUCCGAAGUGGAGGCGAAGGUGCCGUGGUUGACAGUGGGCGAGUUCCCUUCGAACGUAGGUUUGACAACGCUACAAGAGCAGUCGAAGGAAUGUGUGAUGGUGCGUCUGUCGCACUUGUACGCGGUGGACGAGCACUCGAGUCAAUCGAAGCCUGCGACGGUGGACUUCUCCGCGCUGUUCUCGGUGAAGAACUCGGUGGUGUCGGAAGUGACAGAGCUGGUUCUGACUGGCACGAAGGAGCUGUCGCGAGAGGACAAAGAGCUUGACACGCUGGAGUGGAAGACAACGGACGAAGCUCACGGCUGGUCGCCUCGUUCGCUGCCUGUAAAGGGCACGUCAGUGACGUUGCAGGCGAUGGAAGUGCGUGCUUUCCGCGUGUGUUUCGCGAAGGGUGCAAGCAUGGGUUGGACGGAUGCUGUUGAUGUUCGGAGUCCACAAGAUGACUCGUUCGGUGCUGCACUGCAGGAGUUGGCUGAGAUCGUUGCCGUGGAGUAG